AUGGAGAUGCUGAAACGAUCUCUCGCCCCUACUGGCUUCCUAGGGAACUCAGUCAAAGGCGCUGCUCUGGAAGGCCUAGUCUGCGCAACUGCAGCAUGUGGAUUCCUUCUCUUUGGAUAUGAUCAGGGCAUCAUGUCCGGCAUCAUCACCGAAACCAACUUCCUGACCUAUUUCCCAAAGAUGGACCCGGAUAACAAAAUGGGAGCCAUCCAAGCCCUCGUCGUUGCAAUUUACGAGAUCGGAUGCCUGUUCGGCUCCAUCUUCAUUAUCGGAUACGGUGAUCAGCUCGGGCGACGGAGGGCAGUGUUGCUUGGUGUUAUCGUCAUGCUCAUUGGAACGGCGAUCCAAGCUUCGAGUUUCGAAAUCGGGCAGUUGAUUGUGGGACGCAUUGUGACGGGCGUGGGUAAUGGAAUGAACACCUCCUCGAUCCCCGUUUGGCAAUCGGAAAUGGCACCGCCCAAGAUCCGAGGAUUCCUCGUGCUUUUCGAAGGUGCUUUGAUUGCCGGUGGAAUCAUGAUAUCCUACUGGAUAAACUACGGCUUCUUCUUCAUCACCCAAUACGGCUCCUUCCAAUGGCGUUUCCCCAUAGCCUUCCAAGCCGUCUUCGCCAUCAUCCUCUUCUUUGGCGUCAUGGCCCUACCCGAAUCCCCCCGCUGGCUCCUGAAGCACGGCCAAGACGACGUCGCCAUUGAGAUCCUCUGCCGGCUCAAGAAAGCCGCAGCCGCCGACCCCGAGAUCCAAGCCGAAAUCGCACACAUCAAGAAGGUCAAGGAGAUCACUGAUGGCAAGCCGCUCACGCUCAAGGAGUUCUACUCCAAUGGCCCCGAGAUGAACCGCUGGCGUGUAACCGUCGGAUCCGUUAGUCAGCUUUUCCAACAAAUCGGUGGAACUAACCUCGUGACUUAUUACGCCACAACUGUGUUUGAGACGAGUUUGGGCUUCAGCCCUGCGUUGUCGAGGCUUUUGACCGCUUGCUACGGAACGCUAUAUCUGGCGGCUGCGAUCGUGGCGCUGUUUAUUGUUGAUCGGUUCGGGAGGCGGAAGAUGAUGAUUGUGGGGAGUAUGGGCAUGGGGACCAGUGCUUUGAUUAUCGGAGCAUGCCUUUCCCAAACAACAGAUACCUACAAAGCUCCCGGCUACGCAGCAACAGCUUUCAUUUUCAUCUUCAUCGCCUUCUUCGCGCUCGGCUGGCUGGGCACGACAUGGUUGUACCCGGCCGAAGUAACACCUAUCCGGAUCCGCGCCGAAGCAAACGGUGUUUCUACAUCUUUCAACUGGCUGGGUAAUUACGCAGUAGUCCAACUCGCACCCAUAAUGAUCUACUCGAUAUCCUGGAAGACCUAUUUCGUCUUCAUGUGUUUCAACUUCGCCUUCAUCCCCAUCAUCUACUACACCUUUGUCGAAACCAAAGGCUACCCGCUCGAAACGCUGGAUUCCAUUUUCGAGGAGGCGUAUAACAAGAAAGAGAACCCCGUGUUUACGGAGAUGAGGUUGAGGAAGGAGGGCAAGCAGUUGGAUGUUAUGGAGAGGGAGAAGGGGGGGAGUAGUAGGGAGAGUGAGGUCGGGGUUGUGUUGAGUGAGCGCGGUGCGGAUGAUGUGGAUGUGGAGCGGGAUCAUAAAUUUUGCACCCACAAGUCAUUUGACAUCAGCCCUUCUUCGAAAGCUUCUCCCGCCGUAUCGUUCCGCCAACUACUCCCAACACCCAUCACCUCGCAACCGCACAUAUCAGCGAGAAAUCGCAAGGCUCAGUCAAUCAUUCAUCAGAGCUCCAUCACUCCAGUGUGGAUUAUCAGAAUGGCUUCCGAUCUCUCAGUACCAUGUUCGCCAGGGUCAAAUUUCACCGCCGACGAAGAGAUAGUUGACGACGAAACCAACGGUCUACAUCUAGAGCUGGCCCCCUUCGGUCUAGAGCACAUCUAUGAUUAUGAGCCUGAUGGCCACCAUCCUGUUCACUUAGGAGAUGUAUACGGCAAUAAUGGGCGGUACCGUGUCAUCCAUAAGCUUGGCAGCGGCGGCUUUGCUACUGUUGGGCUCUGUCGGGAUACUGAAGCGAAAGGGGCGACGAAAUAUAUAGCUUUAAAGAUUCUAAUGGCCGAGACAUCCAGUGAUGAUUGUCCCGAGCUCCGGGUGAACCAGCUCAAAGAUGCUCACAGCCAAUCUGCAAAUGAAGACAAUGACGCGGUGUUCGUUUGCCUGCCACUGGACCACUUCAAGAUCAAUGGGCCGAAUGGGAACCAUAUCUCCUUUGUGUAUCCUGUUCUUGGCCCAAAUGUGUCUCUCGGCUUGUAUCGUGCUUCUGCAGACCCGGACAAUGACUUAAGAAGUCUUGGUCUACAAGUUGUGAAGGCUGUCAAAUUUCUUCACAGGCAGGGAAUAUGUCAUGGCGAUAUUACACCAAACAAUAUCCUUCAUCGCAUCACUGGGCUCGACGGACUCGGUGAAAUCGAAGUCUUAAAGAUUUUCGGCAGCCCGGUUGUCAAUCCUGUUCUAAAUGCAUCUCAAGAGCGUCAUCAUGGGUCCCCAGCCCCGGACUAUCUCGUUUAUCCAGUGAACUGGUGCGAUGUGGAUACUCAAUUUAUAAGCAAAGAGUCAUGUCUUAUUGAUUUCGGCGAGUCGUUCGAAGUUUCACAACCUCCUGACGAUCUCGGGAUUCCUGGGCCGUAUCGCUCUCCAGAGUUGAUUCUCGACAAAAGGGCUGGUUUUGGUUCGGACAUUUGGGCAUUGGGGUGUAGUCUGUUCGAGAUCCGAACUGGCAGAAAGCUGUUUAGCCCAUUCGACGAUGAAGAUAACGAAUAUUUAGACGCCUUUGUUCAAGUCUUAGGCAAACUUCCUGAGCCAUGGUGGUCUACAACCUGGGAGGAUCGGAGAAGAAUGUACAAGGAUGAAGUCGACGAGCAGGGGUUUGUUGUUCCUGCUCUGGCAUCUGAGCUAGGGAAUGAUGGCCAAGGGAAGAAGGUGCGCACUGUUCACCCAUCUGUUGCUAUCGAUGCUCGAUCAUUGAAGGAUAAGCUUGCUCCCGGGCUCUGGUAUAUGUCAGAUCGCCGUCCCAAUGGAGUUCGUCAUCGGGAUAUUUCCCAGACAGAGCAAACAGUCUUUGCAGAACUUUUGCGGUGGCUGUUGGAGUACAAGCCCGAAGCCCGUAUUUCCGCGGAGGAUGCUAUAAAUCAUGAGUGGUUUAGACUAUGA